AUGGAGUUCAAGGUCGACAUUAUUAAUACAUUAGGAUCUAUCGAGAAGCUUCUGCGUGAGGUGGUUGGCGACGAUAUACCAAUAUCCAAAGAGACGGUCGACUGGGUCAACGAGUGCGCUGGCGAGCUUCUUCAGAUAGUAGGGCAAGAGGCCAAUAUGAUUGCAGAGAGUAUUUCAACGAAGGAGAACUAUCGCAUCUCGCAUGAACACGUUGUGACGGCGUUGGAGGUGAUGGCGACAGAAGAAGAGGGAGCGGAUAGCGUCUCGGAAGGCAGCUGCGAAAACCGCCUCACGCGACGAGUUGCUGGCUGA